AUGGCUGACAGUGCACAACGACAUCCGAACCUCAACCUCACUCCAGAAGAGAAGCGCGUAUUCUACCAGCUUUUCCAGGCUGCCGACACAACUAACCUCGGUGUCAUCACCGGCGAGGUUGCCGUUCCGUUCUUCGAGAAGACGAAGCUCCCACCUGACACACUUGGCCUGAUAUGGCAGCUUGCGGAUAAAGAGAACAGGGGUCUUUUGACCCCAGCAGGAUUCGGCAUUGUUCUACGGUUAAUCGGACAUGCUCAAGCUGGACGCACACCGUCUGAUGAGCUGGCUCUACAGCCUGGCCCCCUACCCAGGUUCGAUGGCAUCGCAGUGGAUACGACGGCCAAUUUACCGGAUUCCGGCACCACAAGCCCCCCGCCGGGCGCCGGCCCGCCCAUUCGAGUUCCGCCCCUGCAGCCAGAUGAUGCCCAUAAAUUCACCGCACUCUUCGAGAAGUCAGAUGUGGUGAAUGGCGUGCUUUCUGGCGAAGCUGCAAAGCAAAUCUUCGAGCGUGCGAGACUGCCAAACGAAAUUCUCGGCAGGAUAUGGUUUCUUUCAGACACCAAACAGCGAGGUGCCCUCGAUGCUACCGAUUUUAUCAUUGCUAUGCAUCUUUUGACUUCCUACAAGUCCGGUGCCUUGCGAGGCAUUCCGCAGACAUUGCCGCCUGGAUUAUACGAAGCGGCAGCGCGCAAAGGUUCCGGCAGGCCAUCUUUUGGGUCGCGCCCAGAUGUCCCACCUGUGCCGGCCAUUCCCAAACAAUUUACUGGCCCGGGCCGGACAACCAGCCCCAUGAGCCCUGCCGGUCGCCCGCCAUUCGCAGGCCCGCUCUCCGCCCAAACAACCGGUGGUGAUUGGCUUAUCAAUCCGCAGGAGAAAGCGCAUUUCGACAGUAUCUUUGAGACGGUCGAUAGCGCCAAGGUUGGCUUGAUUACCGGCGAUCAAGCCGUCGCAUUUUUCAUGAAGGCCCAAUUACCUGAGGAGAUUCUCGCGCAGAUCUGGGAUCUGGCGGAUAUCGAUGCCGAUGGCCAGCUAACCCGAGAGGAGUUUGCUGUGGCCAUGUAUUUGGUGAGGCUGCAGCGCAGCGGCAAGGAGUCGCUGCCGCAGGUACUCCCUCCUGCACUGAUCCCGCCCAACAUGCGCCAACAGGCUCCCAUGCCUGGUAUGUCUGCUCCUGCACCGGCAGCUGUCCCUGCUCCUGCUCCCCUGGCCCCCGCUCCCAUUGCUCGCUCCGCUGCCGAUGACCUCUUUGGCCUCGAUUCGCCUGCGCCUCCUGCCCAGCCCCAGGUGUCUCAGUCUACCGGUGGCUCCAACCCCGCUUUCCACACUCCUGGUUCGCCGGUAUCCAGGGCUUCUCCGCAGGCUGCAUCUACGACGUUCAAGCCUUUUGUCCCAACCUCGUCUUUUGGCCAAAGCUUGCAGCCUCAGGUGACUGGCGCUUCGGCAGGAGGUCCGGCAGCAGCUCGAUCGCCUCCGCCCCCGUCGGAUGAUUUGCUUGGAGAUAAUGAUCCAGAAGAAUCGAAGAAGUUGACCAAUGAGACAACCGAGCUCGCAAACCUGUCCAACCAGAUUGGCUCGUUGGCCAAGGAGAUGGGCAAUGUGCAAGAGAAACGAACGUCUGCCGAGCAGGAUAUUUCACAAACAUCACAGCAGAAGCGCGACUUCGAGGCUCGAUUGGCGCAAGCGCGGGCUAUGUACGAGCAAGAGGUCACCAAUUUCAAAGCGCUCGAGGAGCGAUUAAAGACUUCCAAGGCCGAAACCGAAAAGUUGCAGCAGCAGUACGCGCUGAUCGAGGGCAGCCGCCAGGAUUUACAGAACCAGUAUACCCAGGUUUCGACGGCUUUGGCUGCCGACCAGCAGGAAAACGCCAACCUAAAGGAAAAGAUCCGCCAGGCCAAUGCAGAGGUCGCUCAACUCAAGCCGGCGCUGGAGAAGGCGCGUUCUGAUGCACGUCAGCAGAAGGGAUUAGUCGCCAUAAACAAGAAGCAGUUGGCCACUGUUGAAGGUGAACAGGAGAAGAUUCAAGGGGAAAUCGAUGGUCUUGCAAAGGAAUCCUCCCCGCAGUACACGGAGGAAUCCUCCACCCCUGUCAGCAGCGCUGCCGAGAUUGCCAGCCCUGCGGCCUCUUCUGUGAGCCAAAACACAAACCCCUUCUUCCGGAGGACCGCGACGGGUAGCUCCAGCGAGCAAGCUCGCUCGCCGGAACCAUCUGCCGACCAGCAAAAGGCAUUUGACAGUCUCUUUGGGCAAACCUUCCCGGCUCCAUCGACCGCAGGCCCACCACCCACUUCAUUCCGUGCCGAGUCACCGCAAGUCCCACCCAAGUCUCCUGCAACAUCUAAUGCGCCUACUCCGUCGGUGUCUCCGCCUCCGGGUUCUUUGCCUGGGGCCUUUCCCACCGGCCCAGUCGCGGAACCCCCGGCCCCAAGCCAGUCCAGGCAGCUUACCCCGAAUAACCUGCCUCUCAAUGAAACCCAAUCUGUGACCUCGUCCACCAUGGUUUCCCCGCCGGGUAGCCGGUUUGGCGGCCCGGAUAUCUCUCGCCGAGGCACCCCAUCCCAGGCGGCCACUAGCGACUAUGGACCCCCAUCAGUCGCGGCGUCCAGUGACUACAGCCGCGCUCCAACUUCAACAGUUGAAGGCACUCCGGCUCGUUCCCCGUUUGAAGAGGGACUGGAGUCGUCGACCCGGUUCCCCGAAGUUCCUGCAGCGAGUGCCGAGCAACCUACUUCUGCCGUCUCUCUUUCCAAUGACAAUCCAAAGGAAGGUAACAAGGACUUGACUUUUGACGAGCUGUUCGGCAGCAAAGCUCACAAGCGAUCUGAAUCUCAGAAGGGAAAUGACUUCGAAGAAGCGUUUGCAGCUAUGAAGCAAGGCCCUGGAGCCGAGAAGGCCCAGGGGGCGUCUACGGGCGCUCAAUCGGAAUUCCCUCCCAUUCAAGAACUGCACCCUGACGACGAGGAAGACAGCUCUGACGAUGACGGUCCGCUGGGUUUCGAUGACAACUUCACGCCGGUUUCCCCAUCGACCACCAAGAAGGAAACCCGAAAUGACUCCAUUGAUGCUGCUCAACUAGCCGCCUUCCCUGCCCCAGGAUCGUCUGCCCCAUCGACCAAGCCCCCGGCACCAGAUGCGCAGCAGAGCCCUCCCGGGUAUGAAGCUAACGCUUCCAAGGAAGAUCCCAACCAUUUCCCUCCGCAGUUCAACGGCCUUUUGCCUGAACGCGCGGAUCCCACUGCUCCGCCGGAUGCACCUCAUUCAGUAGAGUCGAGCACUGGAGCGCCCGUUUUUAGCAACGAGCCCCAGCGGGAUCAAGCUGCGCCGAAUACUCUUGCUGCGGCCGGAGGUGCCAAGACUGGCGGACCCGACUUUGAGGCCGCCUUUGCGGGACUUGACCUUGCACCGGCGAAUGAGGCAGAGGACGAUGAUGACGAGCCAGAGGGCCACAGUGCGAAGAAUGCCGUGGACUUUGACUUCUCCUUUGAUUCCCCGGCUCAAAAGCAGCAUGGACCGUCGGCUAGCACCGACGCUGGCCCCGCCGGCUCAUCCGAUUUCUUCUCUUUUGACAACAGCGCCCAUGCGACAACCGCGCAGGCCAUCACUUCACCGACUACAGGCGAAUCCAAGCCUGCUGCACAUGACUGGGACGCACUUUUCGCGCCCCUCGACAGCUCCAAGCCCUCUACUGGCGAGGAAGCAAACGGAACCAAAGAGAAGCAGCCCGGCUGGGCCCUCAACGCCGAAUCUGGUCAAGAUGAUCAGAUUCUCCAGCGACUGACUGGAAUGGGGUUCUCGCGGGAGGAUUCCCUCAAGGCGCUGGAAGAUUUUGACUACAACCUUAGCGAGGCAGCCGAUUAUUUGACCUCCAAGUCGUGA